CAUGCGAAACCCAAAUCCGCUUUCGCCCACAUCAGCCACGCAUUUUCACUCUUCAUCGCAUUGUGGGAGUAGUCGCGUAGGUGUGCUCUUGCCUCAGACAGCUUCUUUGGUCUUUGUAUCUGCCUCUGCUGCCUCGAUCCGGAUUAUACACGCGCCUGUCCGUCCCACGCGACCCCACUACAGCUCCCACCAUGUCAAACACGGCGGAUUCGGUCAUUGAGAAGCUGCCCAACACGGCCGAGCUAAAAGAAGAUGUCAAGGCAGCCUCCAAAUCCUCGCUGCAGUCGCUGCGGGCGCUGUUAGCAGGAGGUGUGGGUGGCGUGUUUGCUGUUGUGGUUGGCCAUCCCUUUGAUCUGGUCAAGGUGCGCAUGCAGACUGCAGAGAAGGGCGUCUACAGUGGGGCUAUGGACGUCGUGCGGAAAACUAUUGCAAAGGAAGGACUGGCUAGGGGGUUGUAUGCAGGUGUUUCUGCGCCGCUUGUUGGUGUAACACCCAUGUUCGCUGUAUCUUUCUGGGGUUACGAUCUCGGCAAGCAACUCGUAUCCAGCGUAUCCAAGGUCGAGAACAACCAGUUCAGCGUCGCACAAGUCUCUGCCGCCGGUUUCUUCAGCGCCAUCCCUAUGACCAUCAUCACCGCACCCUUCGAGCGCGUAAAGGUGCUCCUACAAAUCCAGGGACAAAAGAACCUGGCCCCUGGCGAGAAGCCCAAAUACUCUGGCGGCAUGGAUGUAGUCAAGCAGCUAUACAAGGAGGGCGGAAUCAAGUCAGUAUAUCGCGGCUCUGCCAUGACACUGGCGCGUGACGGCCCUGGAUCAGCACUCUACUUCGCGACAUACGAGACCGUCAAGCGCAGUCUCACACCAAAAGACCCCGUCACCGGUCAGCCUGGAUCGCUGAGCAUGGGCGCCGUCAUGGUCGCUGGUGGUGCUGCCGGUAUCGCCAUGUGGAUACCCGUCUUCCCAGUCGACACCAUCAAGUCACGGCUGCAAAGUGCCGAGGGCCGACCAACCAUCAGCGGAACUAUCAAAGGCAUCCACGCGAGCGGUGGUCUCAAGGCUUUCUUCCCUGGUAUUGGCCCUGCCAUGGCACGAGCAGUGCCUGCCAACGCAGCUACCUUUGCCGGUGUAGAGCUUGCGCAAAAGGCGAUGACGAAGAUGUUCGACCGUGACGGCGAGUAAGGACUUUGCCAAAGCCCUCAUACGAUUUUCGCUUUUCUUUCAUACUUCAUGUCAAUCUCAUGUUGAUCACGAACGAUUUGGGGGCAUUGCAUAUGGCGUUGUUAGUUUUCGCCUUCGCGCUUAGAUUUAGAGCAAGGGGCUUUCUAGGCGAACUUGUCCCUUCGUCUGUCUCGCCAAUAGAUACUGUUCUCACACAUCCACCUUUUCUUGGUCCACAGUA